AUGGCCGCUAUUACUCUCGAGCCUCAAGACCACAAGCGAGAUGCAGAUUUCAAGCAAGCGCUACAUGGCAAGACAGGCCAGGAUCAAAACUCAUUCAUGAAUAUCAUGCGCAAGAACAAGGAUGCUCAAAAAAUCGCCGUGGACGAAUACUUCAAGCACUGGGAUAACAAAGGUGCCGAUGACGAGACAUCCAAAACCCGCGAAACCAGACGCAAGGAAUACGCAACCCUCACUCGACACUACUACAAUCUCGCGACCGAUUUCUACGAGUAUGGCUGGGCGCAAAGUUUCCACUUUUGUCGAUUCAGCAAGAGCGAGGCAUUUAAGCAGGCAUUGGCUCGACACGAACAUUACCUUGCACUGAAGAUGGGUAUCCAGGAGGGUCAACGGGUUCUCGACGUUGGUUGUGGUGUUGGUGGUCCUGCGAGGGAAAUCGCUAAGUUCACCGGGUUUGAGCGUGGUACUCUGUACGCACAGAAGGAAGAUCUUAGUGAUCAGGUCAGCUUUACCAAGGGCGACUUUAUGCAAAUGACUUUCCCCGAUAACAGUUUUGACGCUGUCUACGCGAUCGAAGCUACCGUACAUGCUCCGAGUCUGGAAGGAAUCUACUCCGAGAUUUUCCGGGUCCUCAAGCCUGGUGGCGUCUUUGGUGUUUACGAGUGGUUGAUGACCGAGAACUACGACAACGAUGAUCUCCGUCACCGUGCGAUUCGUCUUGGUAUCGAGCAAGGGAAUGGAAUUAGUUAUAUGGAGAAGAUCUCUGUCGCUCUAGACGCGAUGAAGAAGGCUGGGUUCGUGCUUGAGGUCAGUGAGGAUCUUGCCGAUCGCAACGAUGAGCUUCCUUGGUACUGGCCCCUCAGCGGUGAUUUGAGAUACACGCAGAGCCUUUGGGACUUACCGACCCUGAUCCGCAUGACUCAUGUUGGCCGUGGACUGGCGCAUGGCAUUGUUGGUGCACUUGAGAUGAUUGGCAUUGCGCCAAAGGGAUCACAGAGAACUGCUGACUCGCUUGCUGGGGGCGCGGACUGUCUUGUUGCGGGUGGAAAGGAGAAGCUAUUCACGCCUAUGUAUCUGAUAGUUGGUCGUAAGCCAGAGGCUUGA